CCUUGUUGAAAACAAUACCCUUUAUAUAUCCUUUCUUUUCAAACUUAGUUAACAACGACUCUUUCUCUCUAUACUUCACAAAAUACUACUUCUAAAACCCUGUCUUCUUAAUGGAGGAAAAAUAUGAGCCGUUAAAAGAGCUCGGUUCCGGGAAUUUUGGAGUUGCAAGGCUGGUUAGAGAUAAAAGGACCAAAGAGUUGCUAGCAGUCAAAUAUAUUGAAAGAGGGACUAAGAUUGAUGAAAAUGUUAAAAGGGAAAUAAUCAAUCACAGAUCACUCAGGCAUCCAAAUAUCAUUAGGUUCAAGGAGGUCUUUUUAACACCGACACAUCUGGCUAUUGUGAUGGAAUAUGCAGCUGGUGGUGAACUCUUUGUCAAGAUUUGCAGUGCUGGUAGAUUUAGUGAAGAUGAGGCUCGGUUUUUCUUCCAACAGCUUAUAUCUGGGGUCAGCUACUGUCAUUCAAUGGAAAUUUGUCACAGAGAUCUGAAACUUGAGAACACUCUCUUAGAUGGAAGUCGUACCCCACGUCUCAAGAUUUGUGACUUUGGUUAUUCAAAGUCUGGCUUAUUGCACUCGCAACCAAAAUCGACAGUCGGAACACCAGCAUACAUUGCUCCCGAGGUUUUAUCUCGUAAAGAAUAUGAUGGCAAGAUUGCAGAUGUUUGGUCCUGUGGGGUGACUCUUUAUGUUAUGCUUGUAGGUGCUUACCCUUUUGAGGAUCCCAGAGACCCUCGAGAUUUCCGUAAAACAAUCGGGAGAAUCAUGAGCGUUCAGUACUCAAUACCUGAUUACGUGCGUGUUUCACGAGAAUGCAGACACCUGCUUUCACACAUUUUUGUUGCUAAUCCAUCCAAGAGGAUCACAAUAGCGGAAAUCAAGAAACAUCCUUGGUUUAUGAAAAACAUGCCAAAGGAGCUGGUGGAAGGUGAAAAAACAAACUAUGAGAACACAAGCCGUGAUCUUCAAAGUGUUGAUGAUAUUAAUCGGAUUUUACAAGAAGCUAAGACUCCCGGGGAAGGAUCCUCCACAAAUGAAGAGAUUGUCAUUGGAAACGGGUCAUUUGAUCAAGAUGAUGAUGAAACUGAUUUGGAAUACGAGAUCGAAUCUAGUGGAGAUUAUGCGGGCCAAGCUUGAAGAUUCGAUCACAAAUACUAUGCUUGAUUAUAUUUUUUGAAGGUGUGUUUUGGGUUUCUAAUUUCUUAGUGUGAAGCUUUCUUUUGUAUUCAUGGGUGAAUCUUUUUUGUAAUAUAACAAGUUUGUGUAGGUUGCAUUUGGUAUAAGAUAUUAAUGUGCUAUGUCAUGAUACAUAAGUUUUGAA